CUUCAUGCAGUCACCAUGUCACAGCUGGCGUGAACUUUUUGGCUUUUUCCCCUGCGAGAUCCCUGACUUGGAGCGGAGUCCGGUUUCCUGCAGUGUGGAUCUGAAAGCGGGGCGUGGUUUAGGCUUUCCGUGUGCGCGUCAUGCUUCAAUAAAAACGAACAACGGACGCGCGCUCACGCGAGGAAGUCCAGCCGCGAGACGCAGACAGCAUCUCAGCAGUUACUGACCUCAUCAUAGCUCCCAGAAAAUAAUGGGAGGAGCGGUGUUGGAUGAUGGACCUCCUGGAGUGAAGGCGCCAGAUGGAGGCUGGGGUUGGGCAGUGUUGGCGGGAUGCUUCGUCAUCACUGGCUUCUCAUACGCGUUCCCCAAGGCUGUCAGCAUCUUCUUCAAGGACCUUAUUCAAGAGUUUGAGGUUGGCUACAGUGCCACAGCUUGGAUCUCCUCAAUACUGCUUGCCAUGCUAUAUGGCACAGGCCCUCUGUGCAGCGUGCUGGUCAACAGAUUUGGCUGUAGGCCGGUGAUGAUGGUUGGAGGAGUCUUUGCUUCAGUGGGAAUGAUUCUGGCUUCCUUUGCCAAAAGCAUCACACAUAUUUACCUCUGCACUGGAGUUAUUACAGGUCUGGGUCUAGCAAUGAACUUCCAGCCAUCUCUGAUAAUGUUGAACUGCUACUUCAGUGAGAAGCGUCCUCUAGCCAAUGGCUUGGCAGCAGCAGGCAGCCCUGUGGCGCUAUGCUGUCUGUCUCCAUUGGGGCAGAGUCUCCAAAACCAGUAUGGUUGGCGGGGUGGAUUCCUUAUACUAGGAGGCAUGCUGUUCAACUGCUGUGCCUGUGGUGCUCUCAUGCGGCCCCUGUCCACCCCUAAGAAGUCCCAGAUGCUGGAAGAAAACACUCUGCUGGCUGCAGACAAACCGAAGGCAAAGAAGAAACUAUUGGACUUCAGUGUGUUCAAGGACAGAGGUUUUGUAAUCUAUGCCAUUGCAGCUUCUGUGAUGGUGCUAGGCUUGUUUGUGCCGCCUGUGUUUGUGGUCAGUUAUGCUAAAGGCCUUGGCUACAAGGACACCAACUCAGCACUGCUGCUCUCGAUCUUAGGAUUUGUUGAUAUGUUUGCCCGACCUGCAUCAGGACUCAUAGCAGGCAUGAAGCGUGUGCGGCCUCGAAGCGUCUAUCUCUUCAGCUUCGCUAUGAUCUUCAAUGGGUGCACUGACAUCAUAGGAUCGCAGGCAAAGAACUAUGCUGGGCUGGUGGUCUUCUGUAUUUUCUUUGGUAUAUCAUACGGGAUGGUUGGAGCACUUCAGUUUGAGGUCCUCAUGGCCAUUGUGGGGAAAGAGAAGUUUUCCAGUGCCAUCGGCCUGGUGCUGCUAAUGGAAGCUGUUGCUGUGCUGGUGGGACCUCCUGGAGCAGGUCGGCUCCUGGACGCUACCCAUCAGUACAUGUACGUGUUCCUGUUGGCGGGCUGUGAAGUGACAGUAUCUGCCUUUGUCAUUGCCACCGGGAACUUUCUUUGCAUUAGGAGGGAACGAGAAGAUGGACAGGCUAAGAUUGAGAUGGCCGUAAGCGCCGCUGAGCUGGAGGGCCUCAACCAGGCGGCAAACGAAGAACACGAUGGAGGCAAAAAGGAGCAGACGGGAAAAGAAAAUGGAAAAGUCCGUGUUUUGAAAGUCCAGGAAGACAUGACUGUGACGGAGGCACCAGAAGACACCGGGAAUUAACAUUAGUAUUAGCGAGAUAGCAUAAAUUGUACCGAUAGGACACAGAAAGAUCUGAUGCUACGGUAAAAAAAAGAAAGAACUGACAUUUGAUCACAAAUGUAUAUCCAAGUGUCACAGGUUCACUAGCUGCUUUCAGCUGAAAUGGCUCUAACGCCCCACACCUGUAAGAGGAAAAACUCAUCACCAGUUUUGAGUGUAGAAUCAUCUUUUUAGUUAUCGGUCUUAUUCAUCUGUAAAAAACAUCCUACAGCUGCUUUCAAUCACAUCUCCGAGUCUGUGAGCAGACGCAGCUCGUCUUCAGGGUGAAGCUUGACGUGCUAAUAAAAGAAAACAUGUUUGCAGCUCAGUCUGUGGGUUCCUCUGGGUCAUUUGUGCAACGGUUUCUUGGUAAAUUAUACAAGAACAGGAAACAUAUUUAGAAAGAAUGGCUGUUGUCAUCCAACAUGCCCAUAAAAGGCUUCACGAUAUACUGCUGCUGUUCACCUGCUUGUCUUACUCUGCUGGACAGUCGUCUGUUUCACAUAUAAAGUGCUGUUUCUUAUUAUUUUAAUGUGCUGAAUCCAAACCUGACAAUUAAAAUAUCUG